UCGGUGUAAAGCCACCCUCGUAGGCUCCUGACCCGCGUUCACCCGUACUGUACAGGCAUGGGGGAGGACCGAGCAUAGAGAACUAGUAAACGCUGUGGAGUUCUCUGUGCACACCGUGGCCAUGACUUUGACAGUACCGGCUAGCGGACAUUGCUCUCCCGUCUCCAGGCACCUGAAAGCGGACCGGUAGAGGAGGCUAACACCGGAGGGAGAGGCAUUAGCUGACGCCGGCUCGAGUCGGUAAAGCCGCUUUUAUUUGAUUUUUUUUAACGUGUUUGUUGAGCUUGUUUCUUCACGUGAUAACUCUGCUGCUCCUCGUUCAGCGGUUUUACGUGGACGAUACCGGGAGUCGCUUUUAUUUGAGCGGUGGAGUGCCGCUGAGUGAGACAGUUUGACACUUCCAGCGAAAACAGGCUGAAAGCUUCUCCUCGGGGACGCCGGUGCAAGGUGAGCGCUGUCCUCACGUCAACCCCGGCGCUGCGCCGGCCUGCUCCCUGCCUGCUGUACUCCAGCUAUAGGGAAACGCCGUCGUCGUCUGGCCAGUGCACUGCAGCUCUGUGACGUCUCCAGGUUCACCUACACCGGCUUCCUCUUACUGCCACCGCACUGUGUGAAACUAGUUAUUCUACAUUCUGCAGUCAGAGAGUUUCUGUGAAGGAAGACGCUUUGCCACAUGAUGUUUUCCAGUAAAUAUGUUGGUGAAGAAAGCCGGCCUCCAUCUCCAUAGCACCAGGCGAAGCCCCUAAAUGACCCUAUUGACUCUGAAUGAGAGGGCAAGAUUCGACUUGUUUCAGACUCUGGCAAACCACCAGCAUUCUUUACCAGUAUAGAAGAUUAGACUUGACAGCACAGUUUUACCUCCCGUCAUUGGUUCCAGUCAGAGAAAACCACAUCUGCUUUCUACCUCCAAGGGAAAUAGAAAAGGAAGAAACAUCCGUUUACUUUCCAUGAUUAGUUUCUCAUCUUCUUCUCAUUGCAACGUUUUUCCAUUUUACCUCAGGGAUCCUCUCCCACUGUCUACCUCCACCACCGAAACAGCCAGCACAGUGACUGGAACACGAAGCAAAAAUACACCCGUGACCUGUCACUGUUGUUACCGUGACAACCAGUAUUGCCUCUCAAGAUCUCCUCAGUGCAGCCGUGAUGUGAGCAAAGACCUUUGACCUGUAACCACCUGCCAGCCCUUACCUGUUCACGGCCUAAAUAGAACCGAUCAACACAAACCUGGUCUGCUUAUUACCUAAAGGAAAACUCUCAUUAAGCUCACACUUUCUACUCCAGGCAGACAACUGUAUACCUCAGCAAACACAACUUCUGGAUAGUCAGGAAACAGAAGUAAACUUUCAGUCACGACUCAUUAUCCCGGUGCUUUAAUCUACCCAGCAGGCGACACAUGCUCACUAACCUGAUGCUUCAAGCCACGCAGUAGACUUCUCACUCUGGAAUCUUCCAAUUGCCUUAAAGGCACGAGUAUAGCAACAGUAGCCAGGUACUUGCACAAAACUUCAGUUCAUCUGAUCCUCAGCAAAGUCACAUCAUACACAAGCCUCAAGAUCUGAGCAGUAGCAGAAAUCAGCAAUCGCCCAGGGGACCGCUUUGGAAGUACCCCCAUCGCCUUGAGUUUGGACGUCUCUUUGGGACACCUGUGGAGUAGUGAAGCUACCCCAGGAAGAGGAGAAAGUAUUGGGAGCCUCAUGUUCUGUUACUACUCUGCAGGAAGAUGCAAAAAAUAAAGAACUGACUGUCAGAUGUAACAGAGAGCGUUAUAUGCCCGAACAAAGUAAACACAGAACAUAUCCGUGUGGUGUGACGGAGAAGAAUAAAAGAAGGAAACAAAACAAGCUUCUCCUACAGAUGAGAAUAUAAUGCUUUCUGCUCCGCCCACUGCGCUCCUCCCAGCCAACUGCUGCCUACAGUCUGGGAUGGUUAGCUACUGAGCGGGCUGCCAGUGAACGCCGAGCAGGCUGGCGAGCUCAGCGUCUGCCUCGCUGUCCUGUGAUUGGCUGCUGGAUGGGACUGAGGCCGAAUGGAGCCAAUGUCCAACAAGCAGGAUAGCAACUCAUCUGAGGGAGAUGAGAAAGGAUGGCCAGAUGUGCCGAAAAGAAAGAGAAAGAACAGCCAGUGCUCAGUGAAGAGCAUGUCCGCUCUUAGCGUCUCUGUUCCAGGGUACAUCCCCAGCUACCUGGAGAAGGACGAGCCAUGUGUAGUGUGUGGGGACAAGGCGACCGGGUACCACUACCGCUGCAUCACCUGUGAGGGCUGCAAGGGUUUUUUCCGCCGGACCAUCCAGAAGAACCUCCAUCCAUCCUACUCCUGUAAAUAUGAAGGUUGCUGCAUCAUCGACAAGAUCACGCGCAACCAGUGCCAGCUGUGCCGCUUUAAGAAAUGCAUCUCUGUGGGCAUGGCCAUGGACUUGGUGUUGGAUGACUCAAAGCGCGUGGCCAAGCGCCGUCUGAUCGAGGAGAAUCGCGAGAAGAGGAAGAAAGAGGAAAUGAUGCGGAUGCUACAGACGAGGCCAGAGCCAGACACCACAGAGUGGGAGCUGAUCAGGAUGGUGACCGAAGCCCACCGGCACACCAACGCUCAGGGCUCCAGCUGGAAACAGAAGCGCAAAUUCCUGCCUGAUGAUAUUGGCCAGGGUCCUAUGGUGCCCACUUCAGACGGAGAUAAGGUGGAUCUGGAAGCCUUCAGCGAGUUCACCAAGAUAAUGACCCCUGCCAUCACUCGCGUCGUCGACUUUGCCAAGAAACUGCCCAUGUUUUCAGAGCUGCCUUGUGAGGACCAGAUCAUCCUGCUGAAAGGCUGCUGCAUGGAGAUCAUGUCGCUGCGUGCUGCUGUGCGCUACGAUCCCGACAGCGAGACUCUUACUCUAAACGGCGAGAUGGCUGUGAAACGCGAGCAGCUGAAGAACGGCGGGCUGGGCGUGGUGUCGGACGCCAUCUUUGAUCUGGGCAAGAGUCUAGCACAAUUUAAUCUGGAUGACUCGGAGGUGGCGCUGAUGCAGGCGGUGCUGCUCAUGAGCUCAGACCGUUCAGGGCUGACCAGCGUGGAGAAGAUUGAGCAGUGCCAAGAGGCUUACCUUCUGGCGUUCGAGCACUAUAUAAACUACCGCAAGCACAACAUUCCCCACUUUUGGCCCAAGCUGCUGAUGAAGGUGACAGACCUGCGCAUGAUUGGGGCUUGCCACGCCAGCCGUUUCCUUCACAUGAAGGUCGAGUGUCCCAAUGAACUGUUUCCCCCGCUCUUCCUGGAGGUGUUCGAGGACCAGGAAGUGUAACUGUGCAUCACCCUCAGAAAGAACACUUUUGUGGUGGCUUUGGGAGGAGUGGAAGUUUGGCUGAAGGACAAGCGAGGACGAAAAACUGGAUUUUUUUUUUUUUUCUCUUCAUGGAGAACACACUCUGUAAAUUUCUUUUGUUGCCCCUUUGUGUGUGUUUUUUUUUUUUUUUUGAUUUGUCAAGCAACUACAACAUCCACCACCAGCAAGCACACAUCAAUAUUAUCAGAGGAAUGCAAUCAGUCUCAUUAGGCACACACACAAACUACAAGCAGUGUAAAUACUUGCAUAGCUAUUCACACAUUCAUACACCAUAAAAAGUGUAUUUAUAUGCAAACAAUUGCAUUGCCUCUUUUUGCACCCCCAUGGAUACACAGCUGUACUGUUCCUGACUAAUGCAAACUGAGGGGCUUGGUUAUGUUUCUACUAGCUGCACAGCCACCUAUCGCCUCAGAUAAGUGCUUUUUUUUGUUUUGUUUUGUUUUAAUCUCUGGGACCUGAUCACAAGCUUCUCUUUCAAUCCCUACACUUCCCUCACAUCUCCUUAACUGCAAAGGCAUCCUCUGUCCGCAGCCUAGCCCUCAACCUGCCAAGGCCCCGUGAGUCUUUGUUGACCUACCUCCCUCACGUACUGACCUCUCUCUCUCAUGUAUACACAGGCACAUGGUGUACAUGCACAAAAGACACCCCUACAAUAUUACCUCAAACAAUAUUACCUUUCUGAUUAGAAAACACAGACUCGUGUAAUAUUUAGUCAAACCAUAUGCAAGCUACAGUGAGAAAACUUUGUAUGAAGCCCUUAUUUAUAUACAGAUAUGUCUUAUAAUUGAAGACAUGAGAUGUUAUGGCUCAGUUUCCCGAGCAGGGAUUAAACCCAGUCUAAAAAAACACUAAAAACUUUGUUUUCAGUUGAAAUCUUCAUUGAAUUUUCCUUCAAGUGUGGAACUGGGCUUAAUCCAUGCCUGGGACACUGAACCCAUAGGUAUUAAUUACUGUAGUGCAUCAGAGGUUACAAGAUGUCAUGAACAUCACGGUGCUUUCUGUGAUCACUAAGUGUUUUGCUUUAGUGGAUUUGAUAUCCAUCUUUGUGCAGUAAAUUCUCUUUGUUUACUGACAUGGUUCGAUAUUCUUGGAAACAGGUUUACUUUCUUUCUUGCUGUGACUUAAAUAUAAAGUUUGAUACCAUUCUUAUGCAGUAUUUGAAGCUAACACUAGCGACUGCUUAGCUUAGCAUAGCUAUGCUAAGCUAUGCUAGCAUAGCAUCGUCACUGCCAGGCGAUGAAGGCUGUCCCAAUUCGAGGGCUGCUCCAAAGGCAGCCCACAAAUGCGUCCUCCUUUUCCCCAGAUUUGAAGGAUUUGUCGGGUGUAUCCUUUGUUGCCCAGCCUAUCCCAGGAUUCAUAGCGCGGCGGUGGCUGUGGAUGAUAUUUUUUUUAUGUUUAGCUUAGUUGUUGUUGUUUGUUGGAAUGUUUAAAGCCAGAUGUUUUAUUAUUUCCUGUUUUGUGCUAGGUUAGUGUUUUUAUUGGGUGUAGUUUAUUUUUUAAAGGACAAAUUUGGAAAUUGUGUUAUUUUCACCAAAGUAAGAAAGCAAAGAAAGAAAUCCUGUUUCCCAGAAUGUCAGUCACUAUUACUUUAUUGCUUCUUCAGGAGUUAUAGGACGUUGUUUUUAUCAUUCCCAUGUCAACAGUAGCAGCAAGGAGUUAUAAGCAGAUUUACUCUAAAACGUAUUUUUCAUUCAUGAUCUAGCAAAAUAAAAAAUAAAAAUAAUACUUUUUUUUUUCUUGUUCAUUGGAUUCAGUGGAUUUGGAUCACCUUUACCUCCAUUAUACCCGAACUGGCCAUUAGCUGCUGAAAGGCUAAUGGCCAGCUCCAGCCCCGUUCCUCAGAAAGCUCUGAUUUAUUCAUGGCAUCUUAAGCAUCCAGGAAGAGAAAAGCUGAUUGCGACGUUGUUUUUAUACUAACUAUAGCAUACACAGGACGUCUGCUUAUAUUUAUACACAGUUGGAAUACCUCUCCAACACAUACCUCCUGUUGUCUUUACCUCACAUACUCAUAUGCAUAUUAAACACCCAUUUAGUUAUUAUCACAUGUAUUACCUCAGUUGUUUCGUGAUCAGCACUUCCUCCUCCUGAGUCGUGCACACUUCCUGUGUCUUUGGGUCAGUGUUUGAGUAUCCCAUUGGAUCCCCCUGCUCUAUGGUCCGCGCCCUCAGCUUCCCACUGAUUUGUGUUAGGUUCAGCACUAGCACAUGGUGGUGGUUGUGGAAACCUUUUCAGGCUUCUCCCCAUCGUCUGUAUCCAUUUCAAGUCCCGCCUGAAACUGGCAGAUUCUACCUCACCUCUCAUUUAAAAGGAGCUCCCCCUCUACCUGCAGCGCAUACACAUAAACAUGCACAGAGAUAUAAAAAUACAGAUAUAUGUACUCACAGUGCACAAAGGACUUGCAAGCAUGGACCCACUGAGUGUCUUUUACAUGGGCCACAGAUCAACAGCUGAAAUUCAGUUCCCCCCCCUUUUUUUUUCAGACUUUAUCACAAAAAAUUUGGGAUCAAGAGUCAUUUUUCAUUUUUAUUUAAGAACCUAAAGUGACAACACUGCAGACAUGAAUCUGUGAAUCUGGAUCUGUGUGCCAAUUGAACUUGGAGGAAGCUGUCAGGACACGGUGACAGCUGGAAACCGGCACCCCAGUUGAAUUUUAGCCCUGUCGGGUCAGCCCAAGAGACUCUUCUGGGUGGUGACUGGAAGGUAAAUAAACAGCAACUGAGUCAGCAGAAUCCGCCUGAGGAUAUGACUUUUCGUCCUGGCCGAAGCGAGGGAAACGGCGAGUGUGUGUGACCGUUGCAGUGUGACGCAGUUCAGGCCACCAGCAAACAUACGCAGACACGGACCGAGCGAUACGUCCCUGAAUUCUUCCCUCGCCAUCACAAACGGAGAAGACUGGCCCAGAAAUUUACAACAUGAAUUUAACAUUGCUGAGACGAUCUCCACCAACCAUAUCCCGCACUGCCAUCCUCUACAAAUGAUUAUCAGGUUUUUUUUCUGUUGCACUAAAACCAUGCCUGUAUUCUUCAGCAGCCCUGAACUCCUUUCCUCUAUGACCUCUCAAAUCUUUCCCUUUCCUACUAGUCUGUAGCAUUCCCAAUAUCCUCCCUGAUUAUCUUAUAUAACCAACAAGGACUGUGACGCGGCGCUGCCACUCUCAGUGUUACCAAUCUAUGUUGCAGGGUAUUUAAAUAGAACGUGCUUAUACAGGGAUACAGUUGCACACACACAUACACACACACACGGCAAUAGGAUGAUUGAGCUGUACAAGUUCAGAGCGGCCGUCUCCAGACCUGCUGUGUUUGUACUGCACUCACUAUCACUGUGAAUGAAAGCCACGCUGCAACCGGGCUAAGGCUCAAACAGGGUACUGCUGGCUUUCUAAUUCACACAUGUAAAUGUGCCUCACAGAGGUUGGUAGUACAAAUAUACACAAUAUAGGAGCAAAUAUUUAUACACAAACACAAUACAGUUAUUGUAUGUGGCAUUCGAGCUUUCAGUGGGUGAGUUUGUGCUGCCAGUUCCAAUCAGAUCGUGAAUCUGCCUGACCGCUCACGUAGCACAAGUAUCAAUGUCUGUAAUGUUAAUACAGUUGUUUUUAAUACGUUGGACUUGGGGUUAGACUUUGGACCUGAUGUGCGUUUUCUUAUAUUCUGUCACUGUGUUUAAACAGAGAAGUUUCAAAUAUGAGUUGAGUGUAUGUACGUGUAUGUAAUCCUGCGAGUCAGAAGUCGCUCAUCCCAGAAAAACAGCAAGUUGUUUAUCAGGAGGGAAGGAGAGCGUAGAAUCGCUUGUUUCAGGCAGUUGAUGAACUAAAGUGUUACACCGAGCAAAGGACGUUUUUUAAACCAGCUAAAGUAAUAAAGAAACAGAGCUUUAAAUAAGCAUAACAGGGUAAUGUAAUUGACAUAUGAUUUGCAGUAAAUACAUUCAAAGGUUACCAUAUUAGUUGGCCAUCGGUAACAUCUGCUAAUCACCAACGUUCAGCUUCAAAGUGAUGCACUUCCUGUGUGGAUGCAUACAUAUAAUUUUUAUAGAUGCCUUGUGGAGAUCAUCAACUCAUGGCUGACUUGCUUUUUGCAAACCUCUUGGUGAAUCCCCCCCCCCCCCCGAGUUUGAGACUGAGGUCAACUUCGUGAUUUAGAUUGGAGCUGGCAGCAUGGCCUCUCUGUCUCUCUCUUUCUCUCACCCUCUCUCUCCUUCUCAGCCAAAUGAUCACUGGGGAAAUCCUCUUCCUCUCCUUUAAAAAGAGAAAAAAAAAACACAGCACACCAGCACCACAGAGCACACUGCCUUCAGCCGUGAUCAGCUGCACCAGCAUAGUGGAGAGACAGCAAUCAUCCUUCUCACCUUCCACAGUCAUCAUCACAUAGCAGACAUGUCCAGGUAGCUCUUUAAGUCUGAUCUCAGUGGUUGGGUUUUUAAACUCUAAUGAGAAGUAGCUGCACAGGACCGUACCUUCAUUUGUUGUUUUGAUCGUCAUAGUGACGAAGUAGCCAUGCAUGUUUUCUGCAUGACAGCUCUGUUACUAAUAGCAUGGAGUGUCUUUUCUAUUUUUUUUUGGCUUCAUAAUCUCCAAGCAGUGCUUCAGUGACAAGACAAAAAACCAAAAAAUCAUUUUACAUUAAGAAAUCAGAAUAAAAGAACUGAUUUGUUCUGUCUGCUUGGACAUGGCUCGAGUAGUUGGUGCACUUAUGCAGGCGAGGCAGAAUGGAAAAUUCCUUCACCUGUGUGAGCCAUAGAGUCAAAAACACGUGUUCUUGUGGCAGUGUAGUAUUGUUUGACAUAAUUGAGGCCACUCAGAGGUAGGCUACCUCCAUCCACUUCAUGUCCCAACAUCCCAGUCAAGCUGUAGAAUAACAGUCUCCAUGUUUUCCACACCAUCACCACAGUUUGCUUUCUCUGUCUGCCUCUGAGAUCAAAGGAAGGGUUAUAUUACGUUUACAAUAAACUCAAAUGUGAACUUGAUGCUAAGCUCUGCAGCUGCAGCCUGGCACAAAGCUAACAAAUACUACUGUUUUUAUUACUUACCCAGGGAAAACAUCCGUAAGCCAACAUCAUUGCUCUCAUCCUUGCAUCCACCUUUCCACAUCCUUCCAACUCCAACCCCCCCGGGUGUUUCUUCCAUAUGCCUCUCCUUCCUUUCCCACACCCUCUCCCAGAAACCUGCUACGGCUCAUGCUAGCACUCUCUGGUGGAGAAAGACGACAAUCCCUGCAGGAAUAUGUCCACACGUGGAAUGUAAAAUACUGAAAUUGUAUAAUUAAAGACACGAUGUGAAGUCCCACACUCAUGUUGCUUUCGAUGUUGUCGAUGUUGCUUUUGUUGUGCACCAAGUGUUCGUCGUUCUGCUUUUUCUUCGGCCGUUGAGCUUUGGAGGUGGACAUGAGCCACGUCCUGUGACAGACUGCUACUGAUGAGUCGUUUUAAGAAAAAACUAGUAUGUUUAUGAAAGAACUGUGUGAUGACUGAAAACGUUUGAGUGAUUUAAAGGAAGGGAUGAAGUGAAUGUUUUGGGUAUAGAGGAAUUUUUUAAUUUUUGUUUUUUUAAUGAUACUUUUGUCUUUAUUUGCAUCUGAUUUUUCUUGGUAAGUGAAUGUCUAUCUGUGUUGAUGCUUUACUGUGAGAAUAUGGCUGUAUAUGCACUUUCAGACCAUCAUUGGUGCAGUGGUAGCUAGUGCUCAGACAUCACCCAUGGGUCAGGGUUCAGCUCAUCUUCAGUUUAGCCAACUGAAAAAGAAGCCAUAUUAAUAAAUACGAUUGAAACUUCUUGGAACAGGCGAUUGCAUUUUGGCACCAUAGUUGGCUGUAUCUAGCAGCUGUACUGCUUGCACUGUAAUACACACUGCUGUAUAAGAAUGAAUGAAUUGCAUUAUUCAAAAAUAUACGUUUAGUGUGAUAAGCUAGUCAGUGUUUUGGAUUCAUACUUUUUUUUUUUUAAGGUUUUGAAUCUUACGUUUUUCUUACUUCUGACCUUUUUUUAUUUUGUCACUACUGCAACCUCUCAUAUGCUAAAACGUAAUAUACCACUGUCCCAGUCACACAGGCUUAGAGACCAGUUAGUGACUGCCUGACAAUCACAAGUUGUUCGGAAAAAAUGUAUUUUCUCUCAACAGUUGCUGAAGUUUGCUGGCAGUUGCUGUGAAGUCAGUUCCUAAAGGCUCAGUUAGGCUUGCCUACACUAGUCUGUGAUCCUGUGGUAAUCACCAGCAGCAGGAGAAAAAUCUCUUCCCAACCAGUUGGAGAGUGGUAGCAGGAAGUUGCUUGCUGUCACCAGGUGAAACUGGUCAUCUAAGGGUUUACGACGCUGCAGCGAAAACCUCCUCAGGAUUGCUUUGGUGGUUGCUAGCAGUCUGUAACCACUUGCUAACUAUUUGCUAAGCUGUAGUGAAACUGUGAAGAGUGUCACACAAACCUUUUUAGCGCAGUCCCUUCUUUGCAAAUAAUUUCACCCAGUGACAGCCCGCAACGUCCUGCAAUUCUUAAAUUAUUUUUAAUACAUAAAUGAUAAACUAAUCUUUGCUCUGACAAACUCUCUUGAAUAUUAUUCUAAGUAAUAACCACUAAUUAGCUAGCUAACUGAUGAUGUUGUAAUCUUGCUGUUCCGAGGUUUACUCAUGAUAAUAUUUUUAUUUGCUGGUCAUAUUUGAGUUAUCAGCAAUUUGGUGUUGGGCUAAUUUGAUAGAUGUAGGUGAUUUAAAAAAAAAAAAAAAAACUAUAGUCAAUUUGAGCUAAUGUCAAUUUUACAACUAAUGUUGGGCCCAAAGAUUAGCUAACUAGCUUAGAGCUAACUUCACUCUGUCCUCUCUUCACUCUUGUACUGCCCAUUUGGUGCUGACACCAUAUUUUAAUAGUUUUGCUAAAAGCUGGUACAAUGAAAGAUUUUCUUUGACAAGGUACAUAAAUAAUUGGUGUGGAAAAAGUCAUUGAAUUCCUUGCUAUACAUGGGCCUUGCUCUUGACUCAGAAGGUAAUCAGUACAGUUAAUACUUUGGCCACAAAUACCACAUAACAAAUACACAGAGAUGUAUGGUUUCAGGUGCACUAUUUUAUUCAUUUCUAUAUAUAUUUACAUUUUAGGGGAUUAUUUAUAUUUGUAUAUAAACAUCUUUUCUUUCACACCCCUCAUUAAUAAUUUACGUACAGUCCCUUAUAACACCUCUGAAAUGUGAAUAACCAGGUUACCGUCUCAGUGAAAAUAUUUCUGAACUUGUUUAAAAGAUAAAGUGUUGCCAAAUCCAUCGUCCAGUUGGAACUGAAAGUGAAUGAACCUGAUUUGUGCUCUCCACAGUUGCUUUAGCUGUAUCAUUUGUUAAGCUAGAGUCAAUAAAAAUAAGAAAAAAAACACUCGCAUCCUGAUGUCAGCAUCUAUCAGACCUCCAGCUAAGGUUAAUCGUGCAAUGUAUACAUCUGCCAUAUGUAAAAGUGUCAAUGUUGUAACGAUAAUAUAGCUUUUGAUGGAGAACAAAGCUCACUAUACAAAAAAGAAGUGUGAAACACAUGACGAUAAAUCAUAAAACAGAGACCAAAAAAAAGAAGAAAAAAAGAGAUAUAUACAACUGUUCAUACCUCAUUGUACUGCUGUGUGCCAGAGGAAAGGACUGGGAGCGAUCAUUUUGAUCAUGGAAAAAUAUGGAACAGGAGCAAGGAAGAGACACUUGAAAGGUUUUUUUUUCUUUCGCUCGCUCUCUUUUGGCCUCUUCACAUGCCAGAAAUAAUAAGCUGAACUGGAUAAAAAAGUAGCAGUGUAUAUGGUUAAUGUGAUAAAAUGCUUACAGGGUCUAUUCAGGUUAUAAGAUAUGUCACUGUGACAGUGUUGUUUUUCAGAAAAAAAAAUGCAGACUUAUUUUGUUGUGUCUGGUGAAAUAUGAAGCCAAGCUUUGAGGUAUUAGUUAUCAGCUGGCAUCAUGGCACAAAGAGAGGGAGGACUUCAUCACUACAGGAGCGUACCUGAGGGGUAUACCAAGUCGAAGUCAAAUAAAAUUAUCAAUGCAAGUGUGAAUUAGAGUCCAGUAUUCUUAGGAAUUGCAAAAAAGUGCAAAAAUGCAAUUAAACAUUUGCAUUUAGUGUAUAUAAUACAGGCCAGCAAGUUGUGCCUUGAAUAAGAACAGUUUAGGACCCAGCGUCCCAAACUACUAUUCCCACGAUUAGACUUGUCUCCUUUUUUAUUUCUUUGCUGCUCCCUGCAGUAGAAUCCAUCCCGGCUCUAAUUAUUCUAUCCGAGACACAUCAUGGGAUGAUGAUGAUGUGUUUGUUGGCAGAGCACAGUGUUGAAUGUAAUGCUGAGUGAGAUGUGAGCCGGAGCGCCCCAGACGACAGUUUGAUAUUGUAUUCGAUCGUGCUGGUCGUGGGUUUGUGACAGGCACGUUUGCUGUUUGUUUUGCUUUUCUGUGACAAAUCAUUUAUGGCACAAUCAGACAAUGACAUCUCAGUGGCUCGAAGCUGUUUGUGUUUGUGGCUCUGUGGCAUUCGUUUACAGCGUUAUAAAAUGAUUUGAGAACA